AUGGUCCUGUUCAUGUCUUCGAGAGCCUUGGCAGGACUUUUGAUGUCCUCCCUCGCAGUCCAGUGCGGUGCCAUCAGUCUGACGGUAUCACAGGAUCGUGGCAAUGAGACUUCUUCUACCAUGUGGGGCAUCAUGUUCGGGGACAUCAACUACUCCGGGGACGGCGGUACUCAUGGCCAGCUCAUCCGCAAUAACGGCUUCCAAGGCGAUAAUCCUGGAUUAGCAGCUUAUUCGGCAAUCUCGGGAACCACCCUGGAAGUCGAUUCUUCAGUUCCCCUCUCUGACGCUCUUCCCAACACACUCAAAGUCAGUGUCGAAGCUGGCGCCACGGGUCAGGCUGGGUUCGCCAAGGAGGGUUACUGGGGCAUUCCGGUUGAUGGCAGCCCUCACUCGCACAACAUCUUCAUCCGUGGCAACUAUCAAGGCCAGAUGAACUGGAUCUUGCAGAGUGUUUCUACCAAGGAGGUCUUCGCGAACGUUACUUUCUACGUUGACUCCACCACCGACAAGUUUACCGAGUUUCACCAACGUGAGCCGACUACCUUCUCGUCGUUGACGGAUAUAGAGUACAGGAUGACCUUUGAUGCGGGCCUUGUCGCCGGCUCUUCGCUCUGGUUUGCGCUUCCGCAGCUCUAUCCUACCACCUUCCAUAAUCGCAUAGGUGCCUGGGGAUACCCGAACACUGAUGCCCUUGGCCUUCAUGAAUACUUUGAAUGGUGCGAUGACAUACGCCUUGAGCCAUUCCUUGGCGUCUACUCUGGGUACUCCCUCGACGGAACCCACAUCACUGGUGAAGCUUUGAAACCUUUCGUUGAUGAAGUUCUCCAAGAGCUUGAAAACGGACGCGAGCAGCCAUCGCCCGUUAAGUGGGUCGAAAUUGGCAACGAGGAUGACUUUGGCUGCAGAAGCUAUCCUGAGAGAUUCGCCGCAUUCUACAAUGCCAUCCGUCCCAAGUAUCCGGAUCUCCAGCUUAUUGCCUCUGCUACCGGCUUCAACUGCCUGCCUGACCCUUUCCCCGAAGAUGCAUGGAUCGAUUACCAUGAAUACAACAUCCCUGAGAACUACAUCGUCAACUUCGCCCAGUGGGAAAAUAUUUCUUGCAGGAACAAUAGCGACCUCAUUCGGGGCGUAGCCUUUGCGCCUUUGCUCAGUCUCGUAGAUCACCACCAAUGGGCGCCCAACCUGAUCCCUUUCAAACAAGCGCCUGACGCCAUCGUCUACACGUCCAGCUACUGGGUCCAACAGCUCUUCGCGCACAAUGCUGGCGACGUGACCCACGAGGUCACUUCUGACUCUGGAUUUGACCCUGUCUUCUGGAGCGCGGUUAGCGCCUGCGAGACGUACAUCGUGAAGCUGGCCAACUACGCCGCUGAGCCGCAGCAAAUAGACAUCAAGAUUGCAGGAAAGGGUAUUGCGACGCUGUCCAUUCUGGCCAAUGACAACCCUGAUAGUGCCAACAGCCAUGCCGGAUCUCCCAUCGCUCCUCCGGUUAUCUCGCGCAUCGAGUCUUCCGGCGACAACUUCAGCUUCGUCAUGCCUGCUUGUUCCGUUGCGGUCCUUCGCGCAGACUAA